GAGGGGAAGGGGCACCAGGCAGCGCCGCCCAGUGGCAGCGGAGGGGAGACCUGCAGUCAGCCGGGCAGUGCCCAUAGACAGCACCCGGAGAGGACGGAGUAAGUGAUGGCGGCCAGCAGUGCCCUAUGCCUGUGACCGGCUGUGUAUCACCACCAUCCUCAUCAGCAGCCAACUCCUCCUCCUAGCCCAUCACCAGCGCCGGGAUCCCGGGCACCUCUGCUGGCAAUUAUAUUGCAUGUUAGGAGGGAAUAAGGCGUAUAAAGCUCAUCCUUAAAUCUGGAUUUCAGGAAUGGCCUUUCCGGUUGAUAUCCUCGAUAGCUGCAGCCAUGAUGAACUGGAAAGUCUGUCAGAAGAUUAUUUGUCUUACCUGCGAUGUGCUGACCCUGAUAACCUGGAGUAUUUCUCCUUGCGGGAUGGAAGAGAGGUGGCAAUUAGCCUUACGACAGUAGGGUAUGUUCCUCUGUAUGGCGGGGAUCAGACACACAAAGCCCUGGCUCUUUUUGCAGCGGAAGAUACACUGACAGCUGUGGCGCUGUAUCUUGGACAUCAGUGGUGGACAAUUGAUGAUAUUGUGAGGACAUCAAACUCCUCCCGGGAUGGACUCAAGCAGGUCAGGUCUCUUGGAGAAAGAGUGGUCCUAUAUGUGCUAAACCGGAUUAUAUAUCGGAAGAAAGAGAUGGAGAGGAAUGAGAUCCCUUUUCUCUGUCACAGCAGCUCCGAGUAUGCCAAAAUUCUCUGGAGGAGAGGGGAAGCCAUCGGGUUCUAUUCUGUUAAGCCAUCGGGAAGUACGUGUUCUGCCUAUCUCACACAAAGCUACACGCUCCCGGUUCUGGACACCAUGUUUGUCAGGAAGAGACACCGUGGAAAAGAAUUUGCACUGCAGAUGCUUGAAGAUUUUGUAGACUCUUUUACAGAAGAGACGCUUGGACUGAGGUAUCCUCUGUCAUCUACAAUGUAUGCAGCUUGCAAGCAGUAUUUAGACAAAUACCCUGGAGAUCAAGAGCUGCUGUGGGAAGUGGAAGGUGUUGGUCAUUGGUUCCAGAGAACUCUUAUUUCAAGUAUACUCCAGAAAGAAGCACAGAGAUUAUUGGGGACAGAGGCUGCCAGACAGGACACUAGCCCUCAGUGCACAGAACAACCCUCAGCUGAAUCCAAGGCACAGAAUACACAAGUUAUAGAGACUGCGCCACAGGAAACCAUUCUGACAGUACACACUGAGGAAACACAGGUAGAACCAGAUGAAGAGAAAAAGUCUUUCAGUGCAGAUGCCAGCACCUCUGAGGAACAUGACAUCACACAUGUCUCUACGCGCACAAGAAGCAGCCAGCUGAAACGACCAAAGAUUGGAAAGAAAGUUGCUGAGCCGGAACCAGUGGAGAAGAACACCGGCAGCAGGGACAAUACAUCUAGGAAAAUGGACUCUAAGGAACAGAUAGUGGAGAACUUUAAAGAACUGAUCCAGCAACUUGCGGAAGACAAGGAUGAGAGCGAGAUGGCCAAACUUCAGGAGGAGAUCUCAGCGAAUCCUGUGGAACACAUGUUAUAUGACAAUCAGGAGGUCCAGAAAGCACUAGAGGACAGGUGUGAAGAUAAACAGACGGAGCUGGAGCCAGUAAAUGGUGAUAUCGCAAAGGAUGUCUAUGAGCCUCAAUUAGUGGAUGCCCAGGAAAUAACGAGAGAUGCUUUGGCCACCGAAUUUAAUUUAGAACCAGAUGACAGCAAUGGAAAAUCUCUCACCACCCUGGUUUCAGUCAGCAUGGAUUUGGAUAAAUCAUUUGAAGACUCAUUUCCUGACCAGGUUCUUAAUCCAGAUGACCUAGAGUCCACAACACAUGAUAACAUGAUAACCGAAGUAGAAGAGACAGAAAUACAAGAAGUGUUUAAAGAGACAGUGGCCACAAAAGCCACUGAAUCACGUAUGGCAAUAUCAAGUGAAGACUUGACGGAUAACGGUCUGCCUGGAUAUUCAGAAGGCAAUUCUGCAGAAGCAUGUCCAUCAUCUGAUGCUGCAUCAGCCCUACACACUGCUUCUCUAGAAGAACCAACCAUUAAUGUUAGAGCUGAAACACUGCCUCUUCUGCGGCAGGGCCCUCUACUUGUGGUUGAACUCCAAGAUGUAGCAUUGCAGCAACAAUCUGAUGGACAAAGAAGCGUUUCUGGAGAACAGUCUGAAGGGUCUGUGGAGACAGACCAGUCUGUGCAAAAAUCUGUGGAGCGAGGUGGAGAGAGCAGCUCGGAGGAAGUGGAAACAGAGGUCCCAGUAACAGACAGAAGGGGCGGUUUGCGCAGGAAGGUCAGGGCGUACAGAGGACCUGCUAAGAGAAGAGCCAAAUUAUCAGUUUAGUAGAUGCUAGUAUUUAACCUAGUUGUUGUUAUUCACAAAUAUUUGUAAAACAGGAUAAUUUAGAGCUUUCUAAAAGGUAUAUAAAGUUGUGCAACCUAGGUCACAGGCAUUUGUAUCUGUUCAAUUCUAAAGUUUUCUGUUCAUGUAAGUUUUUCCUAUUUCGGUUUUUAUUGUGUGUAUUACCCGCGUUUCACUACUUUUCUUAUUUCACAUAAUGGCACCAGAGUUCCAAGCUCUAACUUAAGCACAAGUGUUAAUAGAUAAGGGCCUGGAAGUGUUAACUUUUUGGAGUUUAAUGACCAAGUAAAGCCAUUUUUGAAUAUGAA